UAUAACUCUCACUCUUCGUGGGACGUUGUUUCAGUGUGUGCUCGACGUUCGGACUGAGUGGUUUCGGUGCAUCGGCAGCGCUGCACCAAAGUUUUCGUCACUUUUUCGAACGCGCAGGAUCAAGUCGCGACCCACAGCCACUCAAGAAAGACAUUAAGGUGUGACUAAAGUACCACUUGCGGUUUGGAGAUUUUUCCACGGACACUGGCAAAUUAUUCACAAUUAUGAAAUUCGCGUGGCUUAUAAUGGCCGCUGUGGUUGUGGUGUUGUCCCAGCAGGUGGCAGCACAGAACCGUCCAAAUAACAACCGCCCAGGACGUUUUCUAUCACUGCCCAACGCACAGAAAUGCGCAAAUCGACCGAAGCAGUUCUUCUUCCGCGGCAAGAACUACUUCUUCAGCGGUCACGUGCCCGAACUGGCCGGCAGGAAAGUCGACUGGCUCGAUGGCAGGAAUAUUUGUCGCGAGUACUGCAUGGAUCUUGUCUCGCUCGAGAGCCAAGAGAAGAAUAACAUGAUCUUCCGCCUCAUUCAACAGAAUGAUGUGCCAUACAUUUGGACUUCUGGCCGAUUGUGUGACUUCAAGGGAUGUGAAAACCGCCCGGACUUGGAGCCAAAGAAUAUUCUUGGAUGGUUCUGGUCUGCUAGCCGUGAGAAGAUGGCACCUACUAAUCAAACACCAAACGGAUGGAAUUAUAAUCCAUGGUCUUCCACUGGGCAUAAGAAACAGAAGCAACCGGAUAAUGCUGAAUUUGAUAUUAAUGGCACCACUGAAUCGUGUUUGUCUAUUCUUAACAAUGUUUACAAUGAUGGUAUUGCUUGGCAUGACGUUGCUUGCUACCACGAGAAGCCGUUCGUUUGUGAGGACAGCGAGGAACUGCUCAACUAUAUCGCCGCUACAAAUCGCGGAAUUCGCUUGUAAAUUUUGAAUCACAACAACAACAACAACAACAACAAAAAAUAAAUUGAAAAUAACAACGGAAUGAAAACAAAUUAAAUGUUUAUGUUUGGAAUAAAAAUAAUUCGAAAAAUUACAUCAUGCGCAAGAACAAAAAGAGAAGAAUGUUUUAAUACACAGUGGAUAUAAUUAAGGUUAAUUUGUGUAUGACAUAAAUUUUGAUUGCAAUCUGAUUGCUGAAGCGGUACAACGUAAACAGGAGCAUUUUGUGUGUAUAAAAUUUUGUAUUUAUUAUAAAUAUGAAUUUAGAAAUAUGCUAUUUUCUAAAAUAACAAUAAAUUUAAUUAAAAAAGAAA